CCUAACCAAAUUGUUCACCUCCUUCCCACUGACAUUUACAACAUGCUUGUAACAGAGACAGACUACAGCAGUCAUACAUUCACGAGGCUAAAUUUCCAAAAGUUGCUCGUUAUAACGAUCGAGUUCUGAAUAAAUAUCUGCUAUGUAUCAGAAACCCCAUUCUCGAGAAGAACGGUGAACAAAUGUACGCUAUCUAUAACCACUAGAGUAAGAGUCAAUCUAACAUGUGAAUAAUGAAGAAAGUCUAAAGAAAGUGUUUAAGAGAAAACAGGGGACCAGCACCUAAAAUUAAACAGUAUUGUUCAGACAUUAGUUGGUUUUCUAGAGAGUUUCUUGGCUUCCAGAGCUACGGAUUGGUCCAUCUGAAAAGUAACUUUAUGUGAGAUGUAAGGUAUCACUGAGAUACACACAGCAGAAAUUUGCUUAAGAAAUCUUGUUUCCUAAGAGAACCUAUAGCUCCAUCACUCACCUACCAUGCAAAAACGACAUUUCAGCUACGCUUUAUAUAAGGGAGGCUUCCAUAUUCUUUAUUCAUUGCAUCGAAACGAGGCCAAUAUACAACAGAGGGAGAGAGAAGAGAGAGAUAUGGGUUUAAUAAUUCGAGUUCUGGUUCUGGUGGCUUGCAUCUUCCCAGCUUUGGUUGAAUGCCGAGUUCGGCAUUACAAGUUUGAUGUGGUUUUGAAAAAUACUACCAAACUCUGCUCGAGUAAGCAAAUCGUCACUGUUAACGGAAAGUUCCCGGGGCCUACCAUCUAUGCCAGGGAAGAUGACACAGUGCUUAUUAAGGUUGUUAACAAUGUCCAGUACAACCUCUCCAUUCACUGGCAUGGAAUUCGGCAGCUUCGAACCGGUUGGGCUGAUGGACCGGCUUACAUUACCCAGUGUCCAAUCCCACCAGGACAAAGCUAUGUAUACAACUUCACCAUUACUGGCCAAAGAGGCACCCUUCUAUGGCAUGCGCAUAUUCUCUGGCUGAGGGCGACUGUCCAUGGUGCUUUAGUCAUCUUGCCCAAGCUUGGUGUGCCAUAUCCAUUCCCAGCUCCUCAUAAAGAAGUCGUCGUUGUAUUAGCUGAGUGGUGGAAAUCCGACACCGAAGCCGUGAUCAACGAAGCUUUGAAAUCAGGAUUAGCUCCAAAUGUAUCAGAUGCUCACACAAUCAAUGGUCAUUCAGGACCCAUCUCAAACUGUUCUUCGCAAGGGGGCUUCACUUUGCCUGUCAAGAGUGGAAAUACGUACUUACUGCGCAUAAUCAAUGCUGCACUCAAUGAGGAGCUCUUCUUCAAGAUAGCUGGGCACAAGCUCACAGUUGUGGAGGUAGAUGCUACCUAUGUGAAGCCAUUUAAAACAGACACAAUUGUGAUAGCCCCAGGCCAAACCACCAAUGCCCUCAUAACUGCUGACCAAACCUCUGGCAAGUACUUAGUUGCCGCCUCCCCUUUCAUGGACUCCCCGAUCACAGUCGAUAACAACACCGCCACUGCCACUCUCCACUACUCCGGCACACUUUCUACCACUGCAACAACCUUAACCGCCCCACCUCCUCAAAACGCAACCCCAGUUGCCAACAACUUCAUAAACUCUCUCAGAAGCCUUAAUUCAAACACCUUCCCUGCACUACUCCCAUUGACGAUUGAUCAUCAACUUUUCUUCACCGUUGGCCUUGGAAUCAACCCUUGCCCGACCUGCAAGGCCGGGAAUGGAAGCCGAGCAGUGGCUAGCAUUAACAAUGUCACAUUCGUGAUGCCAACCACGGCCUUACUUCAAGCUCAUUACUUCAACAUCAAUGGAGUCUUUACAACUGAUUUCCCUGGUAACCCACCUCAUGUUUUCAACUACACUGGCAGUGGACCGUCAAAUUUGCAGACGGUAAGAGGGACCAAGCUUUAUAAGCUGAAAUACAACUCUACGGUGGAGCUUGUUUUACAAGACACUGGGAUCAUCGCACCAGAAAACCACCCAGUUCAUCUCCAUGGGUUUAAUUUCUUCGUUGUUGGGAAAGGAAUUGGAAAUUAUGACCCUAAAAAUGACCCUAAAUCGUUCAAUCUCGUCGACCCCGUUGAGAGAAACACCGUCGGAGUGCCUUCCGGUGGAUGGACAGCCAUCAGAUUCCGAGCGGAUAAUCCAGGAGUUUGGUUUAUGCAUUGCCAUUUGGAAGUGCACACAACAUGGGGAUUGAAAAUGGCUUUCUUGGUGGAAAAUGGCAAAGGACCAAACCAAUCAAUCCUUCCACCUCCAAAGGACCUUCCAAAAUGCUAGACCACAAGAAAGAGAGAUAAAAAGGAGGCAUAAUCCAUUACAAUAAAUAUCAAUUAAGAGAAUGGUCAAUCAAAAGGCAGAGAGAAGAAGAAAAUAGCCAUUGGUGGCUUUUUCUUUUUUGCUUUCUUAUGGAAACAGAAGAAUUUGCUUAAGCUUGUUGAAAUAAAUUUUACUUGUAAUUUAAUUGUUUGAACAAAUUAAGGAAUUCAUUUCUCU